AUGAAAGCCGGACCACUUCUCAUCACAUGGCACAACGAAAGCCAGCCUAUCUACUCUGUUCACUUUGAUCCCCAUGGGAAAGGGAGACUUGCAACAGCUGGAAAUGACAAUAACGUGCGAUUGUGGAGCGUUGAAGCUCAAGGUGAAGAGAGAAAAGUCACAUACCUAUCGACGUUGACAAGACAUACCCAACCCGUCAAUGUUGUCCGUUUCUGUCCCAAAGGUGAAAUGCUGGCUUCGGCUGGGGAUGAUGGGAAUAUCUUGCUUUGGGUUCGUUCUGAAUCUUCAAUGGCUCCCAUGACCGAGGACAACGCAGAUGAUAAAGAAACAUGGAGAACCAAACAUAUGUGUCGCACACCCAGUGGAGCUGAAAUCUACGAUCUGGCCUGGUCCCCUGAUGGCCAAUAUUUUAUCACUGGAGGUGUUGACAAUACGGCCCGCAUAUUCAACGCACACACAGGUGGCAUGAUCAGACAAAUAGCAGAACACAGCCAUUUUGUCCAAGGCGUUGCUUGGGACCCUCUCAACGAAUUUGUUGCAACUCAAUCUUCUGACCGGUCGGUUCAUAUAUAUGCUCUGAAGCUCAAGGACGGCACACCAACUCUUUCUACACAUGGCAAGUUUAACAAGAUGGACUUGCCUGGACGCCGUAUCUCUUCCAACAGCCCGGCGCCAGCAGAGAUGCCCCAUCGUGCGUCGAAUGCCAGUCAAACCAAUUUAGCUAUUGCUUCUCCCGCCCCCUCCAACCCUGGAACUCCUCUCACGACUCCUCUGCCAAUGGAUCCUCCCAUUAUUGCGUCGAGUAGACGUUCUUCAUUUGGAUCAUCUCCCUCAUUUCGCCGAUCAGCUUCUCCAGCUCCUUCUCUACCCUUGCCGGCUAUCCGACCCGAAAUUUCCUCCCCAAGUCUCAACGCUGCCAUGGGUCUUGCAGUCAGAAACACCAAUCUAUAUCACAAUGAAACUAUGACCUCUUUCUUCCGACGACUCACUUUCUCCCCCGAUGGUAGUCUACUCUUCACACCCGCCGGACACUACAAGACGAACUUCCCCAUGGGCUCCGAUCCGUCCAAAAUCACCGAGGAGGUUUCAAAUACUGUCUAUAUCUAUACGCGAGCCGGAUUCAACAAACCGCCAGUGGCUCACCUCCCAGGCCACAAGAAGCCCUCGGUUGCAGUACGAUGCUCACCCAUUCUAUACACACUGAGAUCGACGAGCAAACCAACCAAUCAUAUCACGAUUGAUACCUCUUCUGGCUGUGAAGAGAUCCCACUAUUACCAGAUCCAAUAGUUCCACAGAGUUCUUCAACCUUUAUGGAACCCCCACCAUUAAUGACUGCAACUUCAAUUCCCGAGUCAAUGUCAGCACCGUCACCUAAACCAGGCAUCGAAGGAGAACCUGCCAGCCCCGGCCCAACCCCUGCAUUUUCUUUGCCUUAUCGCAUGGUCUAUGCUGUAGCCACUCAGGAUGCAGUUUUUGUCUAUGAUACGCAGCAGACCACCCCGCUUUGCGUGGUUAGCAACCUGCACUAUGCAACCUUCUCUGAUCUCACAUGGUCAAACGAUGGUCUCACUCUCCUCAUGUCAUCCACAGAUGGGUACUGCUCAACGCUGGCCUUCACCCCUGGCGAGCUUGGUCAGAUCUAUACCGGUGCACAUCCAACGUAUAUCCAUCCCAUCGUUUCAACUUCGAUAGCGUUGCCUACCACAUCAUCCAAUUCAACUCCCGUUCCAACACCAACCGCGACUGCAUCUCCGUCUCUUACCAAAGCUUCCCCUGUUAUUGUUCCCCCUUCUCACCCCUCACCAGCGCCUUUUACUUUUCGCCAAGGUAGUCCCACUAGAUCCAACUCUCAGUCGUCGAUUGCCACCAUGUCAUCUUUACAGACACAGAGUCUUCAGAACAACCCUACACCCACUAUGGGUCACGUUCCACUCGUCACUGCAUCGAAUGCAGGUGCCCCUCUCAUCAUUCCCCCGAUGUCAACACCACCUCAAACACCAGCGAGUACCCAUGGUGGACAUCACUCGGCAACCAGUUCUGUAAGUGGAAGUGUUUUGGGCAAGAGAGAUGUUGGAGCAGCCAGUGAAAGUGACAAGGAGGAGGGGAAAUCCAAGCGGAGGAGGAUUGCGCCCACCCUGGUAGGACCUGCUGGGGCGAGUGAUUCUACACAAGGGUGA